CGCUGCUGCGAUGAUGCGGACGGUGCUCCGGAGUUCCGCGCUGUACCGCCUUUCAGCAUUUUCCUAUUCUCAAGACGUAGUGCCGAGAGGCGUCUCAGCACUUUAUUGUAGCGUUAAAAACAUUCACGAGGGCCGGGGCCUGCGGGCGGACGGCCGGCGCGCCUUCCCGGCCAUCUACACGCGCACCGGCGACGCCGGCACGUCGGCCACGUUCACCGGCGAGCGUCGGCCCAAGGACGACUGCCUGUUUGAGGCGCUGGGUACCGUCGAUGAGCUCUCGGCUACCAUCGGGCUGGCGCGCGUGCUGGCCAGGGACGCCGGCCACCCGUACGUGGCGCGGCUGGAGCGGCUGCAGUGCGCGCUGCAGGACGUCGGCUCGCUGGUGGCCACGCCGCGCUCGUCGGCGCGGCCUGCGCACACGCGCCGCACCGGCGCCGCCGUGCCGGCCGCAUGGGUCACCGAGCUCGAGCACUGGAUCGACGAGUAUACCCAGCAGCUGCCGCCGCUCGACAACUUCAUACUGCCGGGCGGCGGGGUGGCGAGCGCCACGCUUCACCUGGCACGCACCGUCUGCCGGCGGGCUGAGCGGGCCCUGACUCCGCUCACCAGGGUUGGCGAGGUGGACCCCAGCGUCGCCGUCUACCUCAACAGAUUGGGGGAUUUCCUAUUCACUGUGGCACGCGCCGCUGCCCAGGCGGACGGCGUCGACGAAGAGAUUUACGUCCGUCCGAAAACGGAUUCCACUGCCGACAAUGCGGAGGAGAGGUGUGGCGAGUAAAUGCCUUCGUAUCCGUCGUAUCGUCAGGUGUCGUGGAGUCCGGCGGCUUCAUGGAGCCUCGAAGACGGUCGCUGAAGAUCGUGGACUACCAUGGCGGGGC